AUGAUGCCUAUCAUUGAGGCUUGUCUCCCAUCACCGGUUGGUGGACACCAUAGUAGCUCAAGGAUAGCGGCUAUGGUUCUUCAAAAUAGCUUUUAUUGGCCAAUAAUCUAUCAAGAUGCCCGUGACUUUGUGAAAGCUUGUGAUCAAUUUCAAAGGCGUAGAGGCAUUUCAAGAAGGCAUGAGCUACCAAUGACACCGAUUCUUAAAGUUGAGUACAUCCUUGUGGCGGUGGACUAUGUGUCAAAAUGGGUGAAAUCCGUCGCGCUCCCUAAUAAUGAAGGAGGAAGUGUCACCGCAUUCUUGAAGAAGUAUAUCUUCUCAAGGUUUGGGAGUCCAAGGGCAAUCAAUAGUGAUAGGUGCUCUCAUUUACACAACCUCUCUUUUUGA